AUGGACAGUAGGCGUGGCUUCCGCCGGUGGACCGUCAGUCUGACAGUGGUUCUUACCGUCUUUGUGGUGACAGUCGACCCAUCAGUAUCAGACACCACCGAGUCACCGGCGAACCCAACUGUGACGCCAGCGGACGCGACUCAGACGCCUUUGGACGUAACCAGCUCCCCGGAACCGACUCAGCUAUCGACAGCCUCAGGAAAUGUCAAGCACCGCAUGAACACGAAUAUACACCCGCUGAUUAUCCGUCAUCUGGAUUGGAGCAGAACUACUGCCGGAAUCCGGAUAAUGAUCCUACAGUUUGGUGCUACACCACGGAUCCUGGCGAAAGAUGGGAGUAUUGCGAUGUCCCAGCUUGUGCCACAGACCCAACCCCGCCGCCAACAGAUCCCACCCAGCAGUCAACAGGUCCAACCCAACAUCCAACAGGUCCCACCCAGCAACCAACAGACACGACCCAGCCUCCAACAGACCCGACCGAGCCCCCAACAGACCCGACCCAGCCACCAACAGACCCGACCCAGCCACCAACAGACCCGACCCAGCCACCAACAGACCAGACCCAGCCCCCUACAGAUCCGACCCAGCCACCAACAGGUCCAACACAGCCCUCAACAGAUUCGACCCAGCCUCCAACAGACCCAACCCAGCCACCAACAGGUCCAACCCAGCCCUCAACAGAUCCGACCCAGCCUCCAACAGAUCCGACCCAGCCUCCAACAGAUCCGACCCAGCCUCCAACAGAUCCGACCCAGCCUCCAACAGGUCCAACCCAGCCUCCACCUGACCCGACCCAGCCGCCAUCAGGUCCAACCCAACAACCAACAGGUCCGACCCAGCCGCCAACAGAACCAACCAAACAAACAACAGACCCGACCCAGCCUCCAACAGAUCCGACCCAGCCUCCAACUGACCCGACCCAGUCGCCAACAGAUCCGACCCGGCCGCCAACAGAUCCGACUCAGCCACCGGCAGACCCGACCCAGCCACCAACAGAUCCGACCCAACCCCCAACAGAUCCGACCCAGCCACCAACAGAUCCGACCCAGCCACCAACAGACCCGACCCGGACUCCAACAGAUCCGACCCAGCCGCCAACAUAUCCGACUCAGCCAACAACAGACCCGACCCAAGCACCAACAGACCCGAGCCAGCUGCCAACAGAUCCAACGCAGCUAUCCGCAGUUACAGGUACAGGUUUAG